AUGUCCAAUAGUUAUUCAUAUCUUGAUGAUUGCGGAUCACAUCAGCGACUGGGGCUGUGCCUGCGACCGUCAGACGUUCGUCUUCACCCAUCCGAGAAAGACGAGUAUCAAUGGAACUUUAGUCCCGCAACCAGCCAUCUGUUCGAUAAACAACUCAGCGAGAUGUCAACAAACAUGUAUAUUCAAUUAUCGAGUAGUAUAAAAUGUGGAGACAUUCAAGCAGUCCGCCAUGAAGCACAAUUCCCUACUGUGGUGGAUAUACAAAAGCCCCACCGUGAUAUCGAAAAGGAAUUACAAGAUGCCUUAGAAGUUAUUGGAAGGCUAGAGAACGAAAUUGAGGGUUACAGACACAGAGAAAGAACGUUGGCUACUCAAAAUCGUCGCUUACGACAAAUCUUUAUCAUUCACCUUAAAAAGGCUCAAAGAGUUGGCCGUUGUCUAGGUGAAACAGAGCGCCAGAUUCGCGAUUUCUUGAAAGUCACAGAGUUCAAUAAAUAA